ACUUUGAAUUUCAGUCUUAGUCUCAUUUGCUUUCAAAAUGGUUUGAUUGGAGGAAAUAAUGGAAGAUCUUCCAUCCCCAUUCACCCAUUCAUUCUUCUCUUCAUAUAUUUCAAAUCUUCCCAUUGCUCCCGGCAGCCAAACCUCAACGGAAGUAUGUUUUUCCACGCUGCCCCUCUCUCCAUCCUCAUCCUCAUCCUUCUCCUCCUCUUAUCUCUGGCCGCCGCCCAACCCACAACAAACCCCCACAACUUCUCCUCCUUCUCAAUUUCCCAAUCUCCAUGGCGGCCCACCCAGAACCUCAUUCUCCUUUCCCCCAACUCCCUUUUCGCCGCCGGCUUCCACCCACUACCCAACAACUCCAAUCUCUUCAUCUUCUCCGUUUGGUACUUCAACAUCUCAACAGACAACGUUGUCUGGUCCGCCAACCGUCUUCAUCCGGUCAACCGUUCAGCAGCUCUGGUCAUCACAGCCACCGGCCAGCUCCGUCUCAACGACCCCUCCGGUCGCAACCUCUGGCCUUCCAACAAUGUCUCUGCGAAUUCAAAUUCGACCCAAUUAAUCCUUCGCGACGAUGGUGAUUUGAUUUACGGGACAUGGGAAAGCUUCCAAUUCCCCACCAAUACUUUCUUGCCUAAUCAUACAUUUAAUGGAACCACAAUCGUCUCCAACAACCGCAAAUAUUCGUUUGUAAACUCUGCUAAUUUGACGUUUGGUACAGAGACUUACUGGACCUCUGGAAAUCCAUUCCAGAAUUUUCAAAUUGAUGGUCAAAUCAUCAUAAACAAUCAAAUCCCAGUUAUCCCUUCAGACUUUAACUCGACCCGGCUCCGGAAAUUGGUUGUUGAUGAUGAUGGGAACCUCAAGAUUUUUAGCUUCAACCCCAAUUGGCUUCGGUGGGAUGUGGUUUGGCAAGCACAUGUAGAGUUGUGUCAUAUUUUAGAUACUUGUGGCCCAAAUUCUGUCUGUAUGAGUAGUGGCAGUUACAAUUCCACUUAUUGUGUCUGCGCACCCGGAUUCAGCCCCGAUCCUCGUGGCGGGGCGCGGCAAGGAUGCCACCGGAAACUCAACGUAUCGAGCAAAGCCAAGUUUCUUCAACUGGAUUUUGUGAAUUUUAGAGGCGGGGUUAAACAAAUCUCUUUGCAAACCCCAAAUAUUUCAGUGUGUCAAGCGGAUUGCUUGAAGAAUUCGAGCUGCGUGGGCUAUACAUUCAGCUUCGACGGCAGCGCCCAGUGUGUGCUUCAGCUAGACAUUUUGUCGAACGGGUUGUGGUCUCCUGGGAUGAAGGCAGCUGCCUUUGUGAAGGUCGACAAUUCGGAAACAGAUCGCUCAAAUUUCACCGGAAUGAUGUACAAACUCCAAACUACAUGUCCAGUCCGCAUCACCAUCCGGCCGCCGCCGGUAAAUAAAGACAACACCACCAGAAACAUAUUGAUAAUCAGUACCAUAUUCGUUGCCGAACUAAUUACCGGUGCCGUUUUCUUCUGGGCAUUCUUGAAGAGAUUUGUAAAAUACAGAGACAUGGCUCGCACGCUUGGUCUCGAAUCACUUCCUGCCGGCGGCCCAAAGCGGUUCAAUUAUGCCGAGCUAAAGACGGCCACGAACGACUUCUCGACCUGCAUUGGAAGAGGCGGAUUCGGCGAAGUCUUCAAGGGGGAGCUGCCAGACAAACGCGUGGUAGCCGUCAAGUGCUUGAAAAACGUCGCCGGCGGUGACCGUGACUUUUGGGCGGAGGUCACCAUCAUCGCGAGAAUGCACCAUCUUAACUUGCUUCGAUUGUGGGGAUUCUGCGCAGAAAAGGGUCAGAGAAUUUUAGUAUACGAACAUAUCCCCAAUGGAUCGCUGGACAAAUUCCUCUUUGUCAAACAUUCACCUUCCGAUUCGGAGAAGGACGAAAGAGAGACGGAAGAACAAAGCUCACCGCUCGAUUGGAGCAUCCGGUACCGAAUCGCCAUUGGAGUAGCGAGAGCAAUCGCGUACUUGCACGAGGAAUGCUUGGAAUGGGUGUUGCAUCGAGACAUAAAACCAGAGAACAUCCUUCUAGACAACGAUUUCUGCCCGAAGUUAUCAGAUUUCGGGUUGUCGAAAUUGAGGAAAAACGAGGAUACAACAGUGAGUAUGUCUCGGAUCAGAGGGACGCCUGGUUAUGUAGCACCGGAGCUGGUGAAAUUGGGUUCAAAUUCAAUAACGACGAAGGCAGAUGUGUACAGCUUCGGGAUGGUGCUGCUGGAGAUAAUCAGCGGGACAAGGAAUUUUGAGAUAAAGAGAUCGACAGUGGAGAGUGCAGAUUGGUACUUUCCAGGAUGGGCAUUCGAGAAGGCGUUCGUAGAGGAAAAGAUGAAGGAGAUUUUAGACGGUCGGAUAAGGGAAGAAUACGAGAGCGGAGGUCAUGUAUCGAUUGUUAACCGAAUGGUGCAAACGGCGAUGUGGUGUGUUCAAAACCAACCGGAGAAGAGACCGUCGAUGGGGAAAGUGGUGAAGAUGUUGGAAGGGAAGCUUGAAAUUCCUCCUCCGGAAAAGCCUUCUAUUUACUUCUUGUCUGAAUGAACCCUCAACUUAAGGCUGCGUUUGGGAGAACUUUUCAAUUCUCAAUACUCUAAUUCCUUAAUUCAAAUAACUAAAUUUAAUGAAAUUAAAUUAAAUGUCCAUUCACAUUGUCAAGUUCAAGAAAAAAAAACUCUCAAAAUAUUUAUGAACCAAAAA